AUGUACCCCCAGGGGCCCAGGCCCCUGGCCUCGGGCUGCUGCUACCUCUAUGCAUUCCUGCACCUGGAUCAGAGCGCAAGGCGCUCUCCCUCCCUACAGGACCAGCUGGAUACUUGCUGGCCAUCACCUGGUGACCAGAAUCCAGCAAGAUCAAGAUGGAAAAACUAUCAAAUUAUGCUGACCUUAUACUUUGCCAUUGAGGAAAUCAAUAAGGACUCACAACUGCUUCCUAAUGUGACCAUGGGCUUCCAUAUCUACAAUGCCUUUAAUUCUAGCAAAAGAACCUUGGAGGGCCCUCUGAUGUUCUUGUCUGGAAGGAGUGAUUUUAUCCCUAAUUACAAAUGCAAAACACAACACAAAGCUCUAGGACUCAUUUCAGGAACCAGGCCGAAAUUUUCUGCUGCUAUUGGAACACUUUUGGAGCUCUACAAAGUCCCACACGUCACAUACGGACCUUUUGAUACUGAGCUAAGUGACAAAGUUACAUUCCCAUCCCUUUAUCAGAUGUCUCCUAAAGACAGAGGUCUAUCCCAUGGGGUGAUCUCUUUAUUGCUAUACUUCGGCUGGAAUUGGGUGGGGCUUGUGGUUGAUGAUCUGAAAGGAAAGGAGUUCCUCUCUAACCUGAAAGAAGAGACGGCAACAGAAGAUAUCUGUGUGGCUUUUACACAAAAUUUUCCUCCUUAUUGGAAGCUAGGGUUUAAAAAUGUUGCUGAUUUGGUGGACUUGAACCAACCUACACAAGUAAAUGUACAGGUAUUCUAUGGUGAUAUUGAUGACUUGCUGUUAUUCUGCAUUGAUAAUAAAAUCAUUUUAGCCAGAGGGAACGUGUGGAUCAUGGCAAAGCAACACUUCAUAUAUUUAGAGUCUGCAGCAAGGAAGGAGUAUCAUUUGAUAAACUUUUUCAGAGGAAAUGUCUCAUUUUCGAAGAAGAGAACUAUCCCUGGCUCCAAGAACUUUCUUGAGGAUCUUACACCAAACUGGUACCCGGGAGAUUUUUACUUCUAUAAAUUCUGGAUGGAUUUUUUUUGUUCACUUUCUGCUUUGCCAUGUAAAGUUCUUAAACCUUGCCCAGCAAAUAUUUCACUAAAUAUUAAGCAUGAAAAAAUUGAUAUGAUGACCAUUUCUGAGCCCAGCUAUUCCAUAUGGAAUGCAGUGCAUGCAAUGGCCCAUGCCUUCCACAAAAUGCUAUUGAACAAAACUGAAAUGGGAUCUAUGGAAGACAGAAACACAGACUAGCUUCUAUCAUGGCAGACUCCACAAUCUGUAUGUACACAAAGCUGUGGUCCAGGAUUCUGGAAAGUUCUACAAGAAGAAAGACCUGUCUGUUGUUUUUCUUGUGUAUUUUGUCCAGAGCAGCACAUUUCCAACCAGACAGAUCAGCAGGUGUGCAUCCCUUGCCCAAGUCAAGAGUACCCAAACCCUGAGAGAAACAAUUACCUGCCCAAGAGAUUGACCUUCUUGUCCUUUGAAGAUCCUCUUGGCAUGGCUCUGGCCUGCACAGCUCUGUGCUUCUCUGUCAGCACAACUGCAGUUUUGGGAAUCUUUCUUAAACACCAAGAAUCCGCCAUAGUUAAGGCCAAUAACCGGACUCUCAGCUACAUCCUGCUCAUCUCCAUCAUCCUCUGUUUCCUCUGCUCUUUUUUCUUCAUUGGCCACCCAAACACAACCCCCUGCAUACUUCAACAAAUAACAUUUGCACUUGUGUUCACCUUGGCUAUUUCCACCAUUUUGGCAAAAACUGUAACUGUAAUUCUGGCCUUUAGAGUCAUGAAACCAGGGAUAACAAUGAGAACAUUCUUUGUCUCAGGUGUCUAUAAUGCUGUCAUUCCCAUCUGUGUUGUGAUCCAACUUAUUCUCUGUGGAGUCUGGCUGGGAACCUCACCUCCCCAUAUUGACACAGAUGCACACUCUGAAAAUGCUCAAGUCAUCAUUUUAUGCAACAAGGGCUCAGCUACUGCUUUCUACUGUGUGCUGGCCUACUUAGGGACCCUGGCCCUAGGGAGCUUCACUAUGGCUUUCCUGGUGAGGAACCUGUCUGACACAUUCAAUGAGGCCAAGUUCCUGACAUUCAGCAUGCUGGUGUUCUGCAGUGUCUGGGUUAUCUUCAUCCCUGUCUACCAGAGCACCAAGGGCAAAGCCAUGGUUGCUGUGGAAAUCUUCUCCACUUUGGCCUCCAGUGCAGGACUUCUGGGAUGCAUCUUUUUCCCUAAAUGCUACAUUAUUCUCUUAAGACCUGAUAAGAACUCUUUGAGAUGUAUUAAAAACAAAAAAUAG